GCCUUGCGCCUGUCAGGAUGUAACCGUGACGCGCCUGGUUACAAACAGGCAAUAUGGCGGCGGCCGUGAGAGGGAUGUUGGGGUCAGUGAGAAGAGGGAAGCCGUGGGGCGUCUUGGUUGGUGCAGUGAAGACACAGUUCUGUGCCCCCCAGUCCUCCAUCCCACACACGGCAAAGCAGCUGCACACCCAUUCUCGACUGUGGGCCAAGCCUGAGCUGCAAGAACAGGCCUCUAGGAUACCGGAGUACAUCCCCCAGCGCAAAGCCAAAAACCCCCUGAAGAAAGUGGGGCUGGCAUGGGCCAUUGGCUUUCCGUCCGGCAUACUGCUCUUCCUGCUGGCAAAGAGGGAGGUGGAUAAAAAGCGCCUGGCACAGCUCAAAGUCCGGCAGAGGAUGAAAGAAGCCAAUCUGGGGGAGUAUGAGAGACCGAGGUUCAACAAGACAAUGUAGCUGCCAUAGCACUGUUUGGGGUGGAGGGGGGCACUGAGGCUCUUGGGAAAUGGGAGUACACUACCCCCAGCUUUUAUUAUGAGCAGGUAUCCUGUUCCUUAUAUCUGUUCCUUGCUCCCAAGUAUUUCAUGAAUUGAUUGCACUUUUGUAAAGUAAAGCAUUUAAAUCCA